AUGACCAAAAAGCAGAAGAAGUCCUUUAUUUUCAAACCCACUGGUACCCCGCAUCAUACCCUCACUUCCAGGCCCCGGCAGAAUGAUCAAACCAGACGACCUGCUGGUUCCACCACGUCUGACUCGCCUUCUGUCAACGACCUGAUCAGCCAUCUUCGCCGCACACAAGCGCCGACUCCCUCUGAACACGACACUCCAACCUCUUCGCAAUCUCUUCUCCCCCAAGGAUCCGUUCACCCAUCUCUCAGAAACCUUCUCGAACUUCCAGAGGCCCCACCACCUCGACCUCGCCCUGGACCUCGCCGCGCGAUCAUCGGCGGGCGCCCAGUGCGAUUGACCCCGGGGCCUCCGCCCCCAAACAGCUGGCUCUCGGGAGAUAGCGAGGGAUCGCAGUCAGCGGAAGAAGCCACGUUGGCUACUACCGGAGGUGAUAGAACUACUAUAUAUCGUCUCGAUAGACUACCGGGGGUAAAGUUCCCACCCGAGUCUAGUCUACUCCAUGCAGUCCUUAAGUCUAUGGCUUUGAAUUGGGCCUGGCACCUGGACUACGAUGGAUCCUUUCUGGCUCAUUUACCCCCACAUACCAAAGAGCUCAUGCUCAGCUAUGUCGCUGUCUAUGCGGCUCGUACGAGGACUCAGCCUCUGAAAGGACGCAUGAGGGGCCUGAAGCCUCUGUUUCUCACCGAGUUUGACACUGCUGAAGCUGCUGGGGAUCAAGGCGAAGCCGAUGUGGAUACUGCCCACAAAGCCGACACUAUUACCUGCCGGCUGGAUCUGGGGUGGGCGUUGGGUUACUGGAUGACUUUCAAACAACUCUCGGGCGAGCUGUUCAUCACCACCAAGUCAACACCUGCUGUCGCCCAGCCUGCACCCGGAGAGAGCGUCCCUGCUUCGUGGGAUGAGCAGACGUCUGUUGAGUCUGUGGAGGAUGCGAAUGCGUCUGCCGCUACAACCGGUUAUAUUCCAAAACCAAUCAGCCAAAACGUCCGCUUCACCAAUCUCCGCUACCUUUCCCUCGCUCAUCCAGUCCCUGGUGCUGCAAGUUGGAACUCUCUCCUUCACAUUCUUUCCCGCCUUUCUACCAUCACACACUUAUCUCUGGCUCAGUGGCCCCCUCCAACUCGUACCCCUCAUACCGCCCCUGCGCGCAUGCGCCCACCAAACCACCGUGGUCCCGCAUUCAUACACGGGGGUACAGAUGUGUACUCCGGCACGGAAAACAACUGGGCAGAAGCAGCGGGAAUCCUUCGACAGCUCUCUCGAUUUACCUACUGCCUGAAAUGGCUGGAUCUCGAGGGUUGCUCUGAGUGGAUUCCUGCGCUGACAUGGACGGGCACUGAUCCAGACGGCCUGCCCUGUCGCCCUGGGACGUCGGGUCCAGAAUGGAAUGGGUCCUGGCGAAAUAUUGAAUGGAUUGGUCUAGGUCCUGGCUUUGAGUACCCAGGGGACAAGGAUCUUUUUCGUCCCUUCACAAGACCCAUCUCGGCAAUUCAAACCAUGCCCCGUUCGUCGUAUUUCCCGCCCGCGUCGCGGGCUGAUUCUCUUCUUGCGCCGGUCACUGCUCUCCAAAAUCUCUCGAUGCAGGACCAUACCGAUCGCAACGACCCUCCUCGGUCUCCUCCACCAACGGAUCUACCGUGGAACGUGGAGGAGGAACGUUGGAUGUACCGUCGUGACAAAGAGCGUCAGGCCUGGCGCGAUGCGAUCAGCAAGGCGAAAGAGGUGUGCACUGGUAUUCGGGCUAUCAGAAGAGAAGGCCGUGGGAAAUGGAUGGAGGCUUUUACCGGAGGGGAUGAAGAGUCGUGGGACAGCCGCUCAAGCCUCACGCGUUCAGUUGAAUAG